UGUACUUAUUCAAGUUCUUGAGAAUCGAAUUUGCUGUCUGUAGCUUCAUAAACAUGGAUAACGUUACCACUUGUAGUCAAGGAAGGCGGCGCCUGUUGUGAACUUGUACGAUGGACUUAUAAGAUGAUCUGGGGUUAUUCCUUUGUUAAAUUCGGGCAUGUGGUACGGUUGAAACGUUUGGGUCAUGGCCGUUACACCGUCACCAGAAUUUUCGUCAUUUGAACAAGAAUCGUGUGGCAGAGGGCACGACUGGGCGGCUGGUGCUACGCACAUCACCAUAGGAAUUACUGAGACAACAUGGAAGAGCACAUGUACUGCAAGAGAGUGAGCUCUAUACUGGUCAGUUCUGACAGUCACUGGGAGGACAUAGCCAGUGUAGAAAGCAACUCUAACAACACAGAGGAACACAUGCUGGCUGAAACAGCACAACCACUUGGACCAGGGAACCAGCUGACUUCGGUGAUCUCGGAAAAAAGGCAGCAAUGGAGCUCAUUGAACCAAGGCAAAACAGAUAUAAAUUGGGAUGUGGCAAAAAACACAGUGUCUGUUGGGAAGGACCAACAUUGCAGUCUGAAAGAAACAGAAGCUUCCACAGAAACCAUUGUGAUAUAUGCAAGCCAUGAAGAACAUGUUUAUGCUAGCACAUCAAGAAAGGGUAUGUUGGAAAUUCUCAUCGUCCAUAAUUCUGAGGAACGCCCCCCGAGCCCUAUAACAACAGACUCAGACUCAUUAAGUAGUGACGAGCUGGUAGAUUCACUCUCAGACUCAGAGUUGUCUGAAACAUCCGAGUAUGAGCAAUCUGAUGAGGGUGAAAUGUAUGAAGAUUUUCCUUUCAAGGACACAGAGGUAGCUGAAAGACACAAAUAUUAUCAGUCUGGUAAUAGUCAACUGAAUAAAGAUGUUCCCGACAAGAUCCCAGAGUUAGCUGAAAGAUACGAGUAUGAGCAUUCCGAUGAGGGUCAAAUGGACAGAGAUGUGCCUGACAAGAUUUCAGAGGUAGCGGAAACAUAUAAAUGUAAUCAGACUGGUAAUUUUCAACUGAAUAAAGACGUUCCCAACAAGAUCCCAGAAGCUGAAACAUACGAGUACGAUCAUUCCAAUGAUGAGCGUCAAAUGGACAAAGAAGUUCCUGACAAUGUCCCAGAGGUAGCUGAAACAAACGAGUACGAGCAUUCUGAUGAGGGUCAAACAAACACAGAUGUUCCUGACAAGAGCACAGAGGUAGCUGAAAAUAAGAGUGAAAUGUACAAAUGUAAGCAGUCUGACGAGAGUCAACUGGACAAAGAUGUUCCUUACAAGGUCGCAGAGGUAGUUGAAAUGUAUGAGUCUGAGCAAUCUGAUGAGGGUCAAAAGGACGAUGAUGUUACUUCUGAAAUCGUAGAAGUAGCUAAAAUGUACGAAUUUAAGCACUCUGACCCGAGUCAACUUUACAAAGAUGUUCCUGACAAUAUCCCAGAGGUAGAUGAAACAUCCGAGGACGAGUAUUCUGAUGAGGGUCAAACGAACCAAGAUGAGCCUAAGGAGACUUUUAAAUGUGAGGAGUGUGAUUAUGUAACGGACACCAGGAGCAAGCUGAAAGGUCACUGGUAUUACUGGCAUGUUCGCAAAAAAAAUGCUGAGAAGAAGCACAAGUGCAAGGAUUGUGACUUCGCUUCAGCAAGCCUAUCUGAUCUUAGACAGCACAUGUACUAUGAGCAUCCUAUUGACCAUAGAUAUUCUAACAUAUACUACAAGCAAAGGGAGAAGAAUCCUUUAGAGACGGAGACACGGAAAAAGGAUGCUGUGCCUAAAGAAAAGCACACUGAAACAAAUCCAAAACAAUAUAAGUGUAAACGUAAACAGUGUAACUUCACUACUCCUUAUAAGGCUGCCUUAAAUGAACAUAAGAAAAAACACAAAAAGAAGAGACCAUUUAUUUGUCGUAAGUGUGGAAAAAGGUUUGAUACAAGGUCUCACCUCAAAACACAUAAAGAUACACACUCUAGUGAGAAGCGAUACAAGUGUGACAAGUGUGGUUACUCGGCAGCAUACAAAAAUGUCUUGGAGAAACAUAUUUUGCGCCACCACUCCGGAGAAAAGCCCUUUAUGUGUGAAUAUUGUGGGUUUAGGACAUUCCACAGUUGGAACUUUACAAAUCAUCAGAAACUACACUCCGGAGAUAAACCGUUCAAGUGUAAGCAGUGUGAUUACAGCGCAGUCGUGAAGAGAGAUCUGCACAAACACAUUCAGGUGCAUCACACCGGCGAGAAACCGCACAAGUGCACGCUGUGUGGUUACCGGGCUGCUCACAAGCGUGGCCUAGCUGCCCACAUGCGCAGUAACCACACCACGCCCAACAAGUCACCGUAUGCUUGCACACAGUGUGACUACAUAACUGAACACAGGAUUCACCUCACUGCCCACAUGCGGAAGCACACCGGUGCAAAACCGUUUGUGUGCAGGCUGUGUGACUUCAGGACUGCUUACAGGGAUAGCAUGCGUCAGCACGUGCAAACACACACCGGGGCCAAGCCCUUCAAGUGCAAGCUCUGCGACUACAGGGCGGCAAGAAGCACUUGGAUAACGUCCCACAUGAUUGGACAGCACAGUAACGAGAAACCCUUCGCUUGUCCAAUGUGCACACACAGGGCAAAAUACAAAUGUAAUAUUGUUUCUCAUAUGAAAAGCGUCCAUAAAGUAGAAAAGCCAGUUCUCUCUACCUCAUAGUUGUGUGUCUUUUCUCAAGUAACGGUUUAUAAUGUCUGAAAUACAGGAAUUAGGGUCAGGACAAACAGGAUAUCAUAAUGAAAUGUUGUAAAGGUGCUACCAGUAGAUAAGCUUUCUAACUGUGCUAAAUAAGCUUUAUAAUGAUGAUGUGAUACAUGAUAUAAGAUACAGAGGUUGAUGAAGAAUUCAUGUACUGUAUGAGAUGUAUAUCCAACUGAAAUCAAGUUUCGAAACUUUUUGUGCUAAGUUUAUUUUAGCCAGUGUGAAGAAAUUACAUUGCACUGCAUGUAAUAUAUUGCAUGUAUUAGAUCAGCAAAGCAAAGUGCCUUAGUAUUUCAAAAGUAAAAGUCACAAUGCAAUUCUUUGUAUAACUUACAGUUGAGGUAUAAUUGUAUGAAAUUGGGCCUAUAGCCAAACAAAACUACAUUCUCUUCACACUAUUUAAACUAAUGAAUUUCAGUAAUUCUGGUUUGUGACAUUUGCAGAUAUGGAACUAUGUUGAUACUGUGUGAGAUAGGUAAAGCUUAACUUUUUGUACAACCAUCAAUUGUCUAACUUGUUCAUCUUCUUAUUACAAUUUUUUUGCCUAUGCAUGUGAGGCACAUUAUAUUAAUAAUAUUUCAUGUAUUUUGCUUUACCACUCUUACUAGUUUUCUUAUAACGUAAUGCUAACUUUAUAGAAUUACAAUAUACAUGUACUAAUGUUUUCAAUGAACUAUUCUUUACAACAAUAUUUUGAAACCUUUGAGAUAUUUU